AUGGAAAAUCUGGAGCAGCAUGAUCUAUUAUUGACCCCGAAAUCUUCGAACUCAGUACGAGAAUACUCAGACACAAUCCCAUCUGAUAUCCUUAUAGAUAUAUUCUUUCGACUCCUUGGAAAGUCAAUAGCUAGGUUUCGUUGUGUAUCUAAACUCUGGGCAUCUAUACCUAGCCUUCCUGGUUUCACUGAGCUGUUCCUCACCAAGUCUUUAGCUCGUCCAAGGCUCUUGUUCGCCAUCCAAGUUGGUAAAGAGUUAUUAUUCUUCUCUUCACCUCAACCUCAAAAUCCAGCUGAGAACUCCACUCUUUUAGCCACCCGUUACAAGCGUUUUCCCAAAACAUUUCCAUCUCGCAUCACACCACCUCUCUAUGGAUUAUUACUUCUUCGUGGAGACGCACUGGUGUGUAACCCCGUCACCGGAGAGUCCAUAACCUUACCCGAAGUGAAGACGAGUGUUAUGAACCCAAACCCUAACUCUUCUUCUUAUUGA